AUGGCAACCAUUCAGCAAUGGACUUCCACCCUCACGGGACUGGACUCGUUCAAAUUGUCAGAGGCCCCUGCGCCUAUACCCGGGAACGGCGAGGUUCUUGUUGAAGUACACGCAGUGUCAUUGAAUUUCCGCGAUGUGGAGGUAUGCAGCGGCGAAUACAACCACCACAAAUCCGUCAACCAAACCCACUCCGUCGUCCCGUGUUCCGACAUGUGCGGGGUCAUCUCCCAGAUCGGCGAGGGCGUCACGACCUGGAAAGUCGGUGAUCGCGUACUGUCCACCUUCCUUCCCGAUCAUCAGACCGGUCAGGUCACGGAGAAGGAGCUGUCUCGCAGCCUGGGUCUACCAUUGUCUGGUGUCUUGACGACGCAUCGAGUGUUUCCCGCGUCGGCGCUGGUCCGCGCGCCUGGCUACCUGAGCGAUGAGGAAGCGAGUACGCUUCCCAUUGCGAGCGUGACGGCUUGGAUGUCCAUCAAUGGUAUGAGACCUAUGGGUCAGAAUGGAGGAGAGGGGGAAUUUAUCCUGGUGCUGGGGACUGGGGGCGUUGCGAUAGCUGGGUUGCAGAUUGGGAAGGCAUCGGGGGCUAAGGUGAUCAUUACCUCCUCCUCUGAUGAGAAACUGGAACAGGCCACGGCCCUCGGCGCAGAUUACACCAUUAACUACCGCACCCAGCCAAACUGGGAAGAUGAAGUGACACGGGUGACGGACAAGCACGGCGUAGAUAUUAUUCUUGAAACAGGAGGCGCGCAAACCCUUAGGAAGAGUCUCGACUGCAUCGCGUUCGGCGGCCUAAUCAAUUGUAUCGGCUAUGUCUCUGGCAAAGUGGAUGCGUCGGAUGACCGGACGAAUCUCAAUUUACUUACGCUGCGAAGGAAUGUCACACUCAAGGGGAUUAUCAACGGGCCCAAGGACCGAUUCGAGGAGGUAGUGGCGUUUUAUGAGAAGCAUCAGAUCCGGCCGGUGGUGAAUCGGUUAUUCUCAUUCGCAGAGGCAGAUCAGGCGUUCAAAUUCCUUGCGAGUGGGAAUCAUUUUGGAAAGGUUGUUAUUAAAGUAGGACAGUAG